AUAACUGUGUCAGAUAAAGCAUGGCUGGAUUUUGCUUUUUGCUUCAUCUUCUGCUGACCGGCAUGCUGGGGUGGGCCACUAAAGCACAGGACGAAAGUACUACUGAGAUGGACAUCCAAACGGCCAAUCAGACUGAAGAUGCUUUGAUCAUCUCUGUGACAUCAGAGGGACCCUUGUCUCUGACCACACCUGGAGAGGUGGAGGAGGACACUGUGCCACCCACUGGGACUCGUUGCCGAGGGUACUACGAUGUGAUGGGCCAGUGGGAUCCUCCUUUUAAUUGUAAUGCGGGUAUCUUCCUGUACUGUUGUGGGACCUGUUUCUAUCGGUUUUGCUGUCAGUUCCAUCAGCAACGGCUGGAACAGACCUCUUGCUCUAAUUAUGACACCCCCAUCUGGGCCAACACUGGAAAACCAGUGGCAACCAACACCGUGGUUCAGCAAGACCAUGAGCGAGAUCGCACCCAUAUGAUUGUGUACAUCAUAUGUGGCGUGGUGGCCAUCAUGGUUCUGGUGGGAAUCUUCACCAAACUGGGUCUGGAGAAGAGCCGUGGAGGCCAGAACGACCUCAGUAACUCCAGAACACUACAGGAUUUGAUGAAACAGCCAGGUGGGGAGGUGAGCCCCGUGGAUGGACAUCUAAACACGACCCCUAUUGGAACAAACGGCAUCUCUGCCAGGAUGCUUCGCAGCCGCAGCGAGCAGUACCAUCUAAACAAUGCUGGCUUCUGUUUUGGUUCACCCGUCGGACUGCCCCAACCUCAAAGCAACCUCAGUAUACCAGGCCUUACGCUAAAUAAAUACAACUCUCUAAAAGCAGUAGCUGAUACUGCAACUCGAGGCUACUACAAGAGUUAUCCACUAAUGGAUUUCUCUCAACAUCAUUCCCCUCCUGCACGCUUCCAACCGAUCCAGAUGUACCCAAAAGACAAGUCCUACCUACACCAAGUCCUGCCUUCCCAUGACAUCCAUUCCCCCCUUUCCAUCUCAAUCCCAACCAACCAACUGCAGAGGUCCAGUAUCCCAAAGAACAUCUCCCAUCAUCAGCUUUCCAGAUCAUCCCUCAAAGCUUGGGAUUCUGGGCCAAGACACAUCUAUCGACAGACGUCACAUCCCGGGCACUCCAAUCGCAGACAGACUUCGAUCAACAGGAGGCAGUUCAGUGUGGGAACACUGCCCGAGUUACAGCCAUCAGGCUUCGGAGGGCACCCUGUGUAUCAGCCACACCCCACAUUUAAGGCCUACCAAACGAACAGCAAGACAGAGGUCACUGUCUGAACAAAAUGCACAAAGACAACAGUGUCAUGAUUGUGUGGUCAUCCCUACUUGUUUAACUCCCUUACGUUUCGGUUCAUUUUGAUCCCAGUUACAUUCCACAUUCCGGAGAUCUGGUGUAUGUGUUACAGCAGCAGCAGCAUGCUCUCUACAUCAGACUACCACUAGAUAAGAGUUCAAACUGGAACGCAAGACAUCUGAGGCCACAUUAACUCAAUGGGAACAAUACCAUUAUAUCCCGUCAGCCUAAAUCAGUGAGACAUUUUCUUGGUCAUCUUUACAUAAACAUGACCCCAGGAUCAGUUAUGUGGAUAAAAGACAUUUGUUGUCCUGCACAAGAACAUGGUUGGAAAGCAAAAUGUUAAAUGUUUUCUAUUUCUCUUAACAGUAAAUGACUUUGGAUAAAUGGUGCGCAGUGGCGACCGGUGACUUCUAUUUCGAUGGCGCACAAUGCAAAGGACGUCACAACAUGUAUGUAGUCCGUCAUGUUUGUGGUUCGUCAUUUCAGAAUGUGUCUUCUGUGCGUCAUGAACCAUGACAUCAUGUGUCAUGUCAAAAUAAGUGUCUGCUGCAGACGCGUCUAAAGAGUUUAUGAUAAAAGUGACGCUUGUGUUUGCCAGAUACUCACUUAAUCUCAUGUGUAAUCAGAGUUUAGUGUUAAGUUAGUGUCCCGCGAAUAUUUUGUGAACGUGAACGUCUCUUAAACAGUUUCGACUGCACUUAUUUUGACAUGACGCAACAAACACAUAUUUUGGAAUGACGCUCAACACACUCCGAAAACAUAUUUUGAAUUUGCGCCCCUCAGAAGAGAAGUCACCAGCCACCACGGAUGGUGUGUUUAAGUCAUUGUGGAUGUAUCGUAGCGGUUGAACGCCACCACAAAGUCGUAAACACAAGUGGGAAACUCAAAUUUAACAUGAUUUAGAGUUUUAAGAUUUUGAGUUACCAAACCUUGUUGUUUCAUCUUGUAAUUUAUUAAAAGAAGGCAACGUUACGUCGUAUUUACGCCACCAAGUCACUUUCGUCGCUUUAAGAUUGUACCUUCUUUUAAAUGAAUUACACAAAAAUACAUUAGGGUUAGGUUUGUUUCGACGCGUGUGCAGCGGGCACUUAUUUUGACAUGACGCAACAAACACAUAUUUUGGAAUGACGCUCAACACACUCCGAAAACAUAUUUUGAAUUCGCGCCCCUCAGAAGAGAAGUUACCAGCCACCACGGAUGGUGUGUUUAAGUCAUUGUGGAUGUAUCGUAGCGGUUGAACGCCACCACAAAGUCGUAAACACAAGUGGGAAACUCAAAUUUAACAUGAUUUAGAGUUUUAAGAUUUUGAGUUACCAAACCUUGUUGUUUCAUCUUGUAAUUUAUUAAAAGAAGGCAACGUUACGUCGUAUUUACGCCACCAAGUCACUUUCGUCGCUUUAAGAUUGUACCUUCUUUUAAAUGAAUUACACAAAAAUACAUUAGGGUUAGGUUUGUUAACUCCACUUACAAAGAAUGUGCAGCGUGUGUUUUCUUUUAAAUUACUUUAUGAAACCACUGUAUACUAUAAUGCUAUAUCCCUACUGACAAACACUACCAAGCUGGUUUUAGCUGGUGUAGCAAGCUGGUCUAGAAAUUUUUGGUCAUUUUUUAAGCUGGUCAAGCUGGAUAUAGUUGGUCACGCUGGAA